AUGCUCAGUUUGGCUCCUGGUUCGGCUUGUGAUGUCUGCCUAGAGCCGUUUGACCACUCCUCUCAUGCACCUCAUUCUAUACGUUGUGGGCACAUAUUUUGUAUGAGCUGUCUACAUCACCUGAGCCCCGCCAUUUGUCCUUUAUGUAGGCAGCCCUUCGACACGGAGUCAUUCAUCAAACUUCACAUCGACCUCGAUAGCCUCCGACCUCUUAGCAACGGAAACAUGCACGGCCCCCAAACACAAUCCGCAGACCUCGAGGCGCGUCGCUUGCAGGAAGCUAUCGCUGACAUAGGUAAUCGUGGCGCCUCGGAACAACACCUGCGCAGUGUUAUCGACGAAUGUCGGACAUUCCUCAGCAGCCAACCGCGAUCCUCGUUCCAAGACCUACGCGUUAGCCAUCGCAUGUUGGCCUACAUGUGCGAGGUCCGGAGCAAGUUGAAGAUCGAGAAGAAGGUUGUGGAAGAUCUUCACAAAGAGAUCGCUGACAAGGAAGCAGAGAAGAAAGAGGUGGAACGGAAAUACGAAGAUCUGGUGCUCACUAGCCGUGCUGCGAAGGAUACAGCUACCGCGAUCGAAGCAAGUCUGAGGGAACACUGCGACCGUGCCCAAGCCGCAUACCAGUAUAUGGCUGACCGAUACAAGUUCGUCGUUGGUGAAUGGGGUCGACUCAACGAGGAGCUCAAACUCCUUCGCUCGGGCUCAAACUUAGUCGAUCCGGACUAUCAUAAGCAUGCCAUAGAUAGAUAUCCAGUCCCCGAGUUCCCUCAGCUACCCAGCCGGGACGCGGAUUCUGAUCUUGACCUCAAGGCCAAAAUCGUCAACCCUGAAUACCUUAUCUCUCCUUUGCCAGAGUUCACGGGCGGUCUACCUUCAUCACUCGGGGCCUUUGCAGCCCUUCCGGACGUCGAUAGUGGCGAUGGCGAACCCGAGGAUGAAGAGUCCACGGAUGACGAAGAACUCGAGGAGCCUUCGACGUCUUCAUGUGGUGCUGAAGGUUGCCCCUUGAAUUGUCGCUGUGUUCCUUUCCCCGUCCCGGCUAUGCCUCCGGUCAUGUCGCAGCGAUUCGUUAUGGAGAAAUCUAACACCGUUCAGGACCUUGAUUCGACCCCUGGCCCCGUGCGCCAUUCCUUCCGCGAAUCACUUGCCACCGAACAAGCUUCCACCCCUGUCGUUCCUGAUAGGGCACGCAGUGGCUUGUCCCUCACCAUGCCCAAGACUUAUGAUCGCUCUGAUGGCCGUCCAUCCCGAACACAGUCCUUCUCAAGUCAGCGAUCUAGUCGUAGUCGCAGUGGAAGCAGGCCCCCAUCGACCAAGCCUCCAGCUUCUCCUCCUACCGCUUCUUCGUCUCGGUCUUCCCUCAGUUAUUCCAUUCCCCCACGCGACACUAGUGGUCAAGAGACCGAUCAUCUACGCCGCUUGCACGAUCUCCUUCAAGAUGGCAAUGUUUCAGCUUCCUUGCCGAACAUGUCUUCAGCUCACUUCAUGGCAAAUCGUACUGACUCUAAUAGAGCCACUGAGGUUUCCCGCCCCCCUUCUCGGUCUGCUUCGACAUCGGCUCAUAGCAGACCCCUUCCUCCUAGGCCAGAUAAUCAAGUAGCAAUAAGCCUAUCGACUAAUCCUCUACCUAUAUCCGUUCCACCGCCCCGGGCAAGCGAACCAUCGCAGAUGACGGUCCAGCGUCCCAUGGUUGUCUCAACCGCAAGCAGCGCAGCUCUCGCGCUCGAGAAGGCUCAGAAAGAACGCCGAGACGCCGAGCGGGAGCGCCUACGCGAGGAUCGUCGCAGCGAGAAGGAACGCGAUAGACAGGACCGUCCCCGGCAGGACUCAGACCGUCAGAGGCCGCAGCAGGUACCCCCAUCUUCGACCUCGACGGCAUUGAUGACUUCACAGAACCCAACAUCUUACCGCCACCGGGAAGAAGGAGGCUUCACCGCGCUACCGACGUCUGGCUCUACUUUGCGGCGCGAAGGCUCUUUCCACCAAAGAGUCACCCCUAGUAGUCUUCGAGAUUCUACGUAUGCUCCCGCUCAACAGUACACUCAUCACUCUGUUAAGCGGCAUCCAAUCGGUUCAGACACUCGUGUUACUGGUUUAUACGCGUAA